CUGUGACGUCACCACCACACGCGCUUCACCAUUGGAGGCCCUUCGAUUCGCUCGCCCAUUGGCUGCACGCACUGCGCCUCCCGCUCAGCCUAUCAGACGGCGCGCCUCCGCUCCGCCCGAACUGAAUAUAAGCGGGCGGGCGCGGUGGGAGAGCACUUUGCUGCGAGCUGUUGGUUUCUUCGUGGGAGCGAGUGGCUGCGAUGUCUGGCCGCGGGAAGCAGGGCGGGAAGGCGCGUGCCAAGGCCAAGUCGCGCUCGUCGCGGGCCGGGCUGCAGUUCCCCGUGGGCCGCGUGCACCGGCUGCUGCGCAAGGGCAACUACGCGGAGCGGGUGGGCGCCGGCGCCCCGGUGUACCUGGCGGCCGUGCUGGAGUACCUGACGGCCGAGAUCCUGGAGCUGGCGGGCAAUGCGGCCCGCGACAACAAGAAGACGCGCAUCAUCCCCCGCCACCUGCAGCUGGCCAUCCGCAACGACGAGGAGCUCAACAAGCUGCUGGGCAAGGUCACCAUCGCGCAGGGUGGGGUGCUGCCCAACAUCCAGGCCGUGCUGCUGCCCAAGAAGACCGAUAGUCACAAGGCUAAGGCCAAGUGAGCACAACUUAUGACAAAUCCAGAUGCAAGCACAAAAGGCUCUUUUCAGAGCCACCCACUUUUUCUUUAAGAGAGUUGAUGCACUUUUUCCAGUUCUUAUCUUUCCUGUGGGCGUUGAUGGGAUGCACGUUAUAUUUGUUUUCCGUUUAGUGUGCAGCCCUUUACAAACGUCCGCCGGCUCUGAUGCAAAGCCGCGCGCAGCUCUCUUUGCAGGGCAGCGCUGGCGGCGCAGUUACGCCGCGGUGUGCGCUCAAGUCCUCCAUCGGCAGUGGCUGCUCAGGCGGAGUUGUACCGCCGCCCUCCGGGAGCUGCGCUACGCUUUAACAGGCAGAAAGGGUGGUGCUUCCUAGCAGAGUGGGCCGUGGGUUUUUCGUUCCUACCUGUGGUAUCUAAGAGCUGCUAUAGGUCUGGUCUGUCUGCCUCCAUGAGGCUGUCUUUCGGGUGAAUCUUUCUGGUCGAUUCUAUUAGCCUUUUAGGGAAUCUCAAAAUUUGCUUUUCACUAUUGCUUUUUCUUAGUUCAUAAUUUGCAGUCAGUAUUUUCUAUCCUAAACCUGAAGCAGAAUUUAUAUUGUUUCUUCUAUGAGGCUUUGCAUGACAUGAGGUAAUCUUGUAGGAUUUGAGCUGCAUCAACCUCUGUUCUUUCCUGUGGGAACUGAAAUUGUGUGACACCCAUGUGACGAUUUUGCUUCUGGGAGAUUUGUAUCAGUGAUUUCAAACAGCAGCAUCUGAAAGUUUGAAGUAUGAAAUUGGUGUGGACAAAUAGAUCUCUCUGAGCCAGCUCAGACCAGGUGCCUGUUUGCUAUGAUGCUGAGUUGGGUGGUUGUGUGUUGGGAGCAAAUAAAGAAGCAGACUACUU